GGCUCCUAAUUGGGUAGACUGAUGGUUUCACACGCUGUUAUCAUGCUUUUGGUUGUACCCGAAAAGAAACCUGUUUUCUUUGUACUCUUCAGUCUUCACCACAUUCCAGUUCCACGGUCUCUGAUCUGCUCAUCUCUUCUCUCUCGUCCUCUGUCUCACUCCCCAGCGCCUUUACUCAUUCACUGUCUUCACCCGAUACUCCGAAGCAAUCGCCAAAGAUUUUCGAACGACUUUAGAUCUCUGUCUCACUGAAGAAAUGCACGGACGCCCCCGUAAAGCCUUAAAGCCAGAAGAUGAAGUUGCUUCUGCUGCCAAAGCUCAAAAGCUUCAAGCUCUCCAAUCUCUCUUUCUUUCGAAUCACCAUAACCGCAAUUACAGUGAGGAAGCCCUAGAUGUGAAUGCGAAGCUUCUUGAGAUUAAUCCUGAGUCCUAUACGGCUUGGAAUUACAGAAAGCUCGCGGUCCAGCACAAACUCACUCAGUCCGACUUAGAUCUUGACUCGGUCAAAUCUGUUCUUGAUGAAGAACUCAGAGUGGUAGAGGGCGCAUUGAGGCAGAAUUUCAAGUCUUAUGGUGCUUGGCAUCAUAGGAAAUGGGUGCUCAGCAAGGGCCAUUCUUCAAUAGAUCAUGAAUUACGGCUUCUGGACCGAUUCCAGAAAGCAGAUGCCAGGAAUUUCCAUGCUUGGAAUUACAGGAGAUUUGUGGCAGCAUUUAUGAAGAGAUCAGAGGAGGAUGAAUUGAAUUAUACAACUGAUAUGAUAGAGCACAAUUUUAGUAAUUAUUCAGCGUGGCAUAAUCGCAGUUUACUUCUUUCUUCUUUGCUGGAAAAGAAGGUUCAAGGGUUCUUUCCGAAAGAGAAGGCUUUGAGUGAUGAAUAUGAGCUUGUGCAUCAAGCUAUUUUUACUGACCCAGAUGAUCAGAGUGCUUGGUUUUAUUAUCUCUGGCUUCUUGAUCAAACGAUGAAAAUAGAUUCUCCUUUACUUAUUUCUUCUUGGCCCACUCAUGGUUCUGAUGUCUCUCUAUCAAAAGAGUGGUGCCAUGCUAGCUUUUCGGUGUCUUCGUCUCAAAAUCUCCAUUCAGAUUCAGAAACAUUUCCACUUAUUCUUUAUUUUAGUGAAGUAGUUGAAGGAGUAAGCUCAACUACAGUAACUGUUGAAUCUUCAUUUUGCACAAGCAACGAUCUUGUCUGGAAACCGAUUUCCACAAAUAAUUCUAAUGCUUCCAAAGUUUGGAUUGCACAUUUGAAGUUCCCUAGCACAGAGCCCCAACAUUCAGAAACUUUUCAUAUGGAGAUUAGCCUCGGAAAUUCUCAAGGCAUUAUGUCUUCAGGUGGCUUUAGAUAUAAUCAUCAUACAAAGAUAGCCUUUAAAGUCUGUGUACAGUCUCUUAGCAAGGAGAAGAAUGAAGUGCAGGAUGAAGGGUUGAUUUCAUGGAAAGAUGAAAAUUUUCACAAUUUUGAAACACAAUCUCCAGAGCUUAGUCCAUUUGUUAAUUUGGGUAAACUUAAUAUUAAUGAGGAUCAUGAGCCUACUGCUUCUGACUGGCGUGCAGAGACUAUAACUAAUGAAAUAGCCCUCUUUAGGGAAUUAUUGUCAGAGAUAACCUGUAAAAUUGGAAAGCUUACACUAGCAAGGCUGCUGAAGGCUCAUGAUGCUCUUUUGUCUCAAUCUGCUAACAAGAGGGUCCAUUCAGAAGAAUCUCUUGCACUUUAUACUGAUUUGAUUGAGCUAGAUCCAUUCCACUCAUUGUAUUACAAGGAUGAAUAUAGCCUAGUGCUUCUUGAGCAGGUAACUUCCAGUUGGGAGUCUUUGCUGAGAUAUUGUUAUCACUAUAGAAGAGACUUGACUUUGUCACCACUUGGUAACUCUGUUUGUUUACGUUUAAAUAACUUAUCCUUAUCAAGGAUUGGCUCUAUUGAGAAAUUAUUGUGGGUUCAAGUACUGGAUCUCAGUCACAACCAACUUCAAUCAAUUGAAGGAUUGGAGGCCAUGCAGCUUCUCUCUUGCUUAAAUCUGAGUUACAACAACCUUCGUAGUUUUACCACGCUGGCACCUUUAAGACCGAUAAAGUCACUAAAAGUGUUGGAUGUUUCGUAUAACGAGAUAGGUUCACACUCGAUUGAUACAACAAGGUAUAUAUGUCCUUCUCCUCUGUCUCAUACUGAAGAAAAUAGUUGGAACUCUAACGAGAUCGUUGCUGGGAACGACAAUGUAAUGAAAUAUUGGGAUGCCGUUCUGAUACUUAAAGGAUUAAACCUGAAACAAUUAGAUAUCAAGGGUAAUGCCAUUGCUGAUGAACAGUUUAAGUCAAUUUUGGGCAAGUCUUUUCCAGCACUUAAGUGGCUAGAUGGUGAAGUACUGCACUGAGCUCAAAUUCUUUUGUUGUUGUUCAUUUUACAAAUUCUCUUGUUGAUUUCUUUUUUUUUUCUUUAGAAUUUGUUAGAAAAAAAUAUAUACCUUGUUUGGGGAACUAGUAUUCUUCAAAAUCAGAUAAUCUUUACCAUAACUUGUAGUU